AUGGACAAGGACAGCCAAGACAACUUAACUUUUGAAAAGCUCUCUGAUUUCAAGCUCCCCCUCACUUUCCAUAUGCCACACUCUGCACUAGUUCUCAAGUUACUUGAGAACCUAGAACUGAGACCUCUAUGUCUCCUGCUCCUGGUAGAUAGUAACAAGCCAUUGACUGUACCCUCAGUGGUCUUCCACACUUUCAACUGUAUGUGGAAUGAAUGGACAAUGUUACCCAUUCAUACCAUGAUAGUCCCUUGUCUUACUUCAAGUCUUGUCCAUGUGAUUGCUUGGAGUUCCCAUCUGGGGGAAGAGAGUCUCUUUGCAACCCAUUCUCUUCGCCCAAUUAUUCUUCCUCAGGAGGGUGGGCAGUCUCUCACCUGUGAGAUCACUUGGAGUUCCUGUCUGGGGGAAGAGAAUCUCUUUGCAAUUUAUUCACAUCCCCUGAUGAUUCUUCCCCAGGAGGGUGAACAGCAGUGUGAAGAAGUAAUUGGUACUAGGUGGUUAGCGACUAGCACUACUUAUCCUAAGAGGCACGAGUUAAUUGAUCAGCCCAAGAGGACUGCUAUUGAAGCACUUCCUUCAAUUAUGUGCAAGGGAAUAUCACAAGAGCGGGAUGAACCAUUGGAAGAUAUGUUGCAAGUGAAGAACUGCGCUAAACUACUGGUCGUGGGUCGGGUAUUCUUGCAAGAGCUCAAGGGUAAGAUCCUAGCAGUAUGGAACUUCAGAGCAGUUGAAUUGCACAGGAUUGUCAAGAAAGAGCAAAAUAGAUGGAUUGCACAAGGUCUACAAAAAUAACAUGAGAACGACUCUCCUAUAGAGCUGAGUCCAGGGGAAAGGGAACUACUCAAUCAUAUGUACUGUGGUUGUUUAUAUCGUAGCACAUGAAUGUCCAGAAUGCGUAGGCAAGAAUUGUAGUGUAGUUAGUGAGUGCGC